AUGAGUCGAACUGCAGUAGUGUCAUCGAAUGCGAAAGCAAACGGAACGGGCGAUCAUGUGAAUACGUCAGCACUUUCGAAUCAGUACAAAACGGCUGGUGGUGUGAUUGGUGUGAACGUUUCGGCUGCUGGUAAUGCGACCGGUAAUCACACAUCUGCGAUUGACGCCAAAACAUUCGGCUCAGUCGGCAACACAAGUAUACAGGGCACUGGCAAUGUGGCAUCGAGUGGUGCGAGUUCGUCAAGCUCGAGCGAUAUUCAUGGCGAAAUCUAUGGUGGUAAUCAAACUCUGACAAGUUCACAGAAGGGAACCGGAACAGGACCAGGCGAUACGUCGGCUAGCGCCAGCGGCGAUAGUGUUAUUAAGCAGGGCGGUCAGAACAGUCCUUAUAGUGGUAUCAAUAAUCAGGCAAAUGCUGGUGCAACCGGUUCACUGAACUCAUCAUCAAGCGUAAGCGCAAAUCAAACACUUACAUGGCAAUCGAUUAUUGAGCACUUGGUGGGACAAGCCGUUGGUCAUGGUAUCGGACAUGCUCAGUCAAAUGUGAACUUGAACGGUGGAAACAGUGAAAAUGGGAUUUCGGCCAAUGGUGUGGUAUCCGGAAUAAAUACUGGUAACGGUGUGGUCUCAUCUCAGACUGAUGCGAACGCAACGAUGAAGAACGGUGUGCAUAAUGUUAGUGAAUCGUUGGUGGGUAGUGUGCACGGCUCAAAAAACACCUCGUUGGUGAGUGCGAGUAAUGUGCAAAGUAACGUAUCGGGUACAUCCAAUACCGUCACCUCAUUUGGUGAUGCAAAGGUGAACGCAGAUGGUUAUGGGCAUGCUUCCGUGAACUCGAACAGUCAGGUGAACGCGUUGAGCGGUACAAAUGGAGCGAAUGCAGUAAGCGGUUCUGCAAACGGCUCGAAUAGUAACGUGAACAUCAGCAAUGGACUGCAAGUGAACAACAAAAACGGCGAUACAAUUGCGAUGGGUAGUGGCCAAGUGCAAGGUACAGGUAGCAGUGCAUCGAACACCUCACUGAAUACGAAUACCGUCUACAACAAUGACGGUCAAGCAUCAGUUCAGGUCAGUGGCAAAGGUGAUGCCACUGGCCAUAAUAAGACAUACGCAAUCAAUAUCGAUACUAAUGGACAGUUGUCGAAUCCGAAUGGCGUCAAUAAUACUGCCUCCGGUGGUACAUCUGGAGUGGCGCAUGCGGAAACGAGUAGCUUAAAGGGCAGUUCACAUUUCACGAUGACCGCAAACGGAACGGAUGGUCAGUCAACAAUGACUGCUCAAGGUGGUGGCGUAGGAUCAUCAAGCGCUCUAACCUCAGCCAAUAUGCAAGUGAACGGAGAUAGAAAGAUGAACGUACAAGGAUCUGUUUCGGCAACAGGCGCUAGGAGUUCGGUGCAUUCCCUGUCGUCCCUGACCGAGAAAAAUGGUGUUCAAUCGUUAACGAACUUCCAAAACGCCACUUCAGAAUCGCAAGGCUCAAGUUCAGCUUCAGCAUCUAAUGAUCAUUGUAACACUCCUCACCAAAAUUUCAUCGCUAACGAGGUGUGCGGACCUCAAUGUAACCACCACCAUAGUAAUGCAACCGACAAACGUGAACGCAAAAAACGUGAUGAGCAAAGAGUUUAUUGUUGUCCUAAGUCAAAAUUUACUCCACAGUACGAAACGCAUGAACCACCAAAAGACGCCUCAAUGGAAUUGAUCGAGAAAAGUAAUUGA